AUGGGAAAACUCGACGAUGCAAAGAAUCAAAUUCAAGUACUUAAUGCUUAUUUAAGUAGCGAGUAUAAAAAAACAGCAACAAUCCUUCAACAUUCAAGCAAUACAUUAAGAAGCAAUAUUUCAUUGAAAAAAUAUCCUUCUGCAUUCGAAAACGUUACAAUGAUUUGUUCAUCUUACGAUAAGGAACAAGCUAUCGACUAUUUAAUGACGAGUAUUAAGAAUGUACAAGCAAAUCUAAAUCAGAUUUUUGCUUCUAAAGAAGUGCCAUCAAAUGUUGCAAUGGAUAUUGCUGCUAUGUGCUAUGCAGCUAAAUUGGGCUUAUUUGAAGCUGUUACUAAAUACGUAAACCACUUUUUUGUACCGAUCUAUAAAGCAACUGAAGUUGAAAACCUAGCACAUUCAUCUUUGGUUCCAAAAGAACUUUCCAAACUUAAAAGACCAGAAAACUAUACAAUGGAAGAAUUACAUAUCUUUGUUCAAAAUUAUGAGAAGCAGAUGAGAAUGGAUUUCACUUGGUUCUUUGAACAAUAUCCUAUUAAUGCAAAUAGACCUCCAGAACACACCGUUAAUGUUAAAAUUGGAGGAAGAACAAUUUCUAACAAUAAUAUUCAACCUCCGCCAGCUGCAGCAAAGAAUAACUUAGCUCAAAUUGCUUCAUCGCCAAGUUUACUUACUUCUUCUUUGCCAUUACCUGCUCCAAAAGAAUUUUCAAUUGAAGAUUUCAUCAACAUGCAGCAAGACUUGACAAAAAUCCUUAAGAAUUGGAAAGACCUUCCAACAAACUAA